UUUUGGUUCAAGUCCAAACCGUUAAAAUGGGUUCGGUUCUAAGGCGCAGAAACGGACCCUAUGCACCCCUAAUUAAAAUUGAUCAACAAGGGGUCCUUUUCCCAAAUUGACAUGGCUAGAACAGCUUUUGCGAAAGAUAGUUUGCUUCAACUUUUGUAGAAUUGUCCAUGCUUUAUUCUACUUCAUCAGCAAUUGAUCCCUCCACUCCUUGUACAUAUACAUAUUUAUAUAUGCAUAGUGAGGGCAGUUUUAAGCUCCGGCAACUAUAUUCCUCCGAUCUCUAGGGUUCGAUCUUCGGUUGGUACACUUCAUUGACGAUGUACCAGUGGAGAAAAUUCGAGUUUUUUGAAGAGAAAUACGCCGGAAAAUGCUCUGUUCCCGACGACGUCACCGGAAAAAUCGAGUGCUGUUCGAGCGGAAGGGGCAAGAUUGUGGUCGGGUGCGAUGACGGCAACGUGAGUCUGCUCGAUCGCGGGUUGAAAUUCAAUUAUGGAUUCCAAGCUCACUCUUCCUCUGUCCUCUUCCUUCAACAGCUUAAGCAACGCAACUUCCUAGUAACUGUUGGAGAAGAUGAACAGAUAUCUACAGGGCUGUCAGCCAUGUGCUUGAAGGUUUUUGACCUCGAUAAGAUGCAGCCAGAAGGCUCCAGCACAUCAAGUCCCGAGUGUAUUCAAAUAUUGCGGAUAUUUACGAAUCAGUUUCCUGAAGCAAAGAUUACGUCAUUCUUGGUUCUAGAGGAAGCUCCACCAAUCUUACUUAUAGCUAUUGGGUUGGACAAUGGUUGCAUUUACUGCAUCAAGGGAGACAUUGCACGUGAACGUAUCAAACGAUUCAAGCUUCAGGUUGAUAAUCAUUCAGACAAAUACCAGUCAUCCAUCACAGGUCUGGGCUUCCGAGUUGAUGGUCAAGCCCUUCAAUUAUUUGCAGUAACUCCAACUGCAGUGAGCUUGUUUAGUUUGCAGACUGAACCACCUAGUCGGCAAACCCUAGAUCAGAUUGGAUGCAACUUUAAUAGCAUUGCGAUGAGUGAUCGCUAUGAGCUGAUUGUUGGUCGACCUGAGGCAGUGUACUUCUACGAAGUUGAUGGUCGUGGCCCUUGUUGGGCUUUUGAGGGAGAGAAAAAAUCCGUUGGGUGGUUUCGUGGCUACCUUUUGUGUGUUAUUGCAGAUCAAAGAAAUGGCAAGAAUACUUUUAAUAUUUAUGACUUGAGAAACCGUUUAAUUGCCCAUAGUUUAGUGGUUAAAGAAGUUUCUCACAUGCUUUGUGAAUGGGGGAACAUAAUACUUAUAAUGACAGACAAAUCAGCGUUAUGUAUUGGGGAGAAGGAUAUGGAAAGCAAGCUAGAUAUGCUUUUUAAGAAGAAUCUUUAUCCAGUAGCAAUCAAUCUUGUCCAGAGUCAGCAAGCUGAUGCGGCCGCUACUGCUGAAGUGCUGAGGAAGUACGGCGAUCAUUUAUAUGGCAAGCAAGAGUAUGAUGAAGCUAUGGCCCAGUACAUCCACACCAUUGGCCACCUUGAACCUUCAUAUGUGAUACAGAAGUUUCUAGAUGCACAAAGAAUUUAUAACCUCACUAAUUACUUGGAAAAAUUACAUGAGAAGGGGCUUGCUUCUAAAGAUCAUACCACUCUUUUGUUAAACUGUUACACCAAACUGAAAGAUGUGGAAAAGCUGAACUUGUUCAUUAAAAGUGAAGAUGGCAUGGGGGAGCAUAAAUUUGAUGUGGAGACUGCAAUAAGAGUCUGUCGUGCUGCCAACUAUCAUGAACAUGCGAUGUAUGUAGCUAAAAAGGCUGGGAGGCACGAAUGGUACCUAAAAAUCUUAUUAGAAGACCUGGGUAGUUAUGAAGAAGCCUUGAGAUAUAUUUCUAGUCUUGAACCAAGCCAGGCUGGACUGACAGUGAAGGAGUAUGGUAAGAUUCUCAUAGAGCACAAACCAGUGGAAACAAUUGAAAUACUCAUGAGGCUUUGCACCGAGGAAGGUGAAGCGGCCAAAAGAGGGAUAUCUAAUGGUACAUACAUAUCAAUGUUGCCAUCUCCAGUUGAUUUUCUUAAUAUUUUUAUACAUCAUCCACCGUCACUAAUGGAAUUCCUCGAGAAAUACACCAACAAAGUGAAGGACUCACCUGCUCAAGUAGAAAUUCACAACACACUCUUGGAGUUGUACCUGUCUGAUGAUUUGAACUUCCCAUCAAUCUCACUAGUUGAAUCUGGUGGAGAUCGUGAUCUCAGAGCAGAAAGAACAUCAGGAGAAACUGUGAUGGCAAAAGCAGAGUCCAAUGGAAAAUCAAUUUCUGAUCGCAAAGAUUUGAAUAAGGAGAAGGAUCGUCAGGAAAGACUUCAGAAGGGGCUUCGCUUGCUUAAGAGUGCAUGGCCAGCUGAAUUGGAACAACCUUUAUAUGAUGUUGAUCUUGCUAUAAUUCUCUGUGAAAUGAAUGGAUUCAGAGAAGGACAUUUAUAUCUUUAUGAGAAGAUGAAACUUUAUAAAGAGGUUAUAUCUUGCUACAUGCAGGCCCAUGAUCAUGAUGGUUUGAUUGCAUGCUGCAAGAGGCUGGGGGAUUCAGGUAAGGGAGGCGAUCCUUCUCUUUGGGCAGAUCUAUUGAAGUACUUUGGUGAACUCGGAGAAGAGUGUUCCAAAGAAGUGAAGGAAGUUUUGACUUAUAUUGAAAGGGAUGACAUCUUGCCCCCCAUUAUUGUUCUUCAGACUUUGUCUAGAAAUCCAUGCCUAACUCUCUCAGUCAUCAAGGACUAUAUUGCUCGGAAGCUUGAACAGGAAUCAAAGCUGAUUGAAGAGGACCGCCGAGCUAUUGAGAAGUAUCAGGAAGAAGCAUUAACAAUGAGAAGGGAAAUCCAGGAUCUCAGGACAAAUGCGAGAAUUUUCCAGCUUAGCAAGUGCACUGCAUGUACUUUUACCCUUGAUCUUCCUGCUGUGCACUUUAUGUGUAUGCACUCAUUCCAUCAGCGUUGCCUGGGUGACAAUGAAAAAGAAUGCCCUGAGUGUGCUCCCGAGUACAGAGCUGUCCUGGAAAUGAAAAGAAGCUUGGAACAGAAUUCCAAGGAACAAGAUCGGUUUUUCCAUCAAGUUAAGAGUUCAAAAGAUGGGUUUUCUGUGAUUGCAGAGUAUUUUGGGAAGGGGAUCAUUAGCAAAACUACUAAUGGACCAACGGGUACUCUUAGAUCAGGCAACACUUCUAGCAGUGGCUUUUGAGAUUUGUUACUAUUGUGCUCUUUUGCACCAUUCUCUCUUUUCUCAUUACCUUGCCAAUCUUUUCUCUAUCUAGCCUGUACUUGUUCUACUGGCACGUUUGCUUGACCCAGUUUGUCCAGCUGUUCAGAAAAGAGAGUGUGUGUGGUAUUCCAAAGAAGGCUCGUGGAGUGCAAUCUAUCCAAAAUGGCUGAUCUGGUGUCACAGCACUGAUCUCGGCUUGACUUUCCCCUGAACAAGUUCACAACAUGUGGUUUGUAUCUUCAAUUUCGUCGCAAAUGAAAUAUUCAAACAAUUUUGAUGUCUGUCAAUUGAUUGUGUUACAUAUUAAUUUGAGAACCAGUCUUUCUUGGUA